AUGGCUACAAAGCGUGUCGUCCAGUCAUUUAUUCACGGCAAGUCCGUCGUGACGGCACCUUCCAGGACCUCUACCACGCUCCUGAACGCCGCUACGGGCGCGCCUGAAACGAGUGUAUACACUGCAACGUAUACCCAAGUCCACGAGGCAGUCGCGUCCGCUCGCACGGCCCAGCGCCACUGGAAACGACUGAGUCCUGCGCAACGUGGCGCGACUCUACGCAAAGCUGCCGACAUUUUGACGAGGCAGACAGGCGAACUUGCGACACUUGAGACGCUGGACACGGGUCGUGCAAUUGCUGAGACAAGUGUAACCGACGUAACAAGCGCGGCCGACUGUCUCACUUACUAUGGCGGAGUAUGUCCCUCCAUUGGUGGCCAGCACGUGACACUGGACCGAGGCAAUUGGGCGUAUACGAAACGAGAGCCACUGGGCGUGACGGUGGGGAUCGGUGCGUGGAAUUACCCGUUGCAAAGUGCAGCGUGGAAAUCGGCGCCAGCGCUGGCAUUCGGGAACUCGAUGGUGUUUAAACCGUCAGAGGAGACGCCACUGACGGCUCUCAAGCUGGCGGAAGUUUAUCUGGAAGCUGGAGUCCCUGAAGGCGUGUUUAAUGUCGUUUUGGGCGCUCGAGAGACGGGAGAAGCAUUGGUGCAACACGAAGACGUGGCGAAAGUGUCGUUUACGGGGUCGGUUGCGACGGGUGUGAACGUGUACGCACGAGCUGCGAAGGACUUGAAGAAAGUGACAAUGGAACUUGGCGGCAAGUCGCCGCUGAUUGUGUUUGACGAUGCAGACGUGGACGAAGCAGUAGCAGGCGCAAUGAUGGGCAAUUGGUACUCGUCUGGACAAGUGUGCUCGAACGGCACGCGCGUUUAUGUGCAGAGGAAGAUAUUUGAUGAGUUCGUGCACCGUGUACAUGCACGCACGCUGAAGCUGCGGAUUGGAGACCCGAUGGACAGCGCGACGGACAUUGGGCCAAUGAUCCAUGAAAAGCACAUGAAACUCGUGCAGAGCUACAUCGAGAAAGGGGUCGCAGAAGGAGCUACUUUAUUGAAAGAAGGAGGUGAACGUGUCGUGCCGUCGGAAGAGACCAAGAAUGGUUUCUUCUUGACGCCUGCUAUCUUUGUGGACUGCAGCGACGACAUGGCGAUUGUGCGUGAAGAGAUCUUUGGCAUGGUCAUGUGCAUUUUGCCAUUUGAUACCGAGGAAGAGGUGCUGGCUCGAGCGAAUGACACGACCUUUGGUCUAUCGGCAGGUGUUUUUACCAAGGAUAUUACUCGUGCACACCGUAUGAUCGAUGAGCUGCAGGCUGGAACAACGUGGAUCAACAAUUACAACCUCGCACCUGUGGAGACCCCGUGGGGUGGCUACAAGAAGUCUGGUGUGGGUCGUGAAAAUGGUCUCGCAGGCGUUGAGUCGUGGACGCAGUUGAAAUCCGUUUACGUGGAGAUGAAUGGUGUCGAGUGCCCUUAUGCCAAAUGA